AUGGCAAAGAAGGAAUCAAGAGGUCGUCAAAAGAUAAAAAUGGCUCGGAUUAAAAACCCGAGCCAUAGACAAGUUACCUUCUCAAAGAGGCGUUUAGGGCUCUUUAAGAAAGCUAGCGAAAUAUGCACUCUUUGUGGUGUAGAAGCUAUUAUAAUUGUGUUUUCUCCUGGCCAAAAAAUCUUCUCUUUUGGUCACCCUAAUGUCGAAUCUAUAGUUAGUCGUUAUAUUAAUCGUAACACGUUAACUAAAAUGGAGGCUGUUCAACAAAAUUCAACUAUGAGUGAACUCAAUUCACAACUAACCAAAAUACUUGAUCUUUUAGAAGCUGAAAAGAGUAGGGGAGAUGUGUUUAAUAACUUAAGGAGAAAAUCUACUCAAUGUUGGUGGGAGACACCUAUUAAUAAACUUGGGUUACAUGAACUUCGAGCUUUGAGUGCUUCAAUGCAAGAUCUUAAGAAUAAUUUGGCUAAUCAAGCAAUGUUUUUGGAGAAAAAUACUCCUUCUUCAUCAUCUAUGUUAUGUAUGGAUAACAAUGGUAUUAGUAGUAAUAGUGGUUGUGGUGUUGGAGUUUGUGAUCAACAUUUUGACCUUAAAUCUAUUGAGGCCAAAAUUCAAGGGUUUGCUCAUCCUGAUCAACUUGCCAAUUUCCAAGCACAAAAGUUAUUCUAA